CGCCCUUUUCUGAGGCGCCAUGAAGUGCGCUGUGGGGGGCCCUCACCUGCGAGUGUUUGGAAGAGCUAUACAUGCCAUAGCCCGUAUUAGUGAUGAAUUUUGGCUUGACCCGAUUGAAAAAGGGCUUGCUCUAAGAUCGGUGAAUUCUUCUAGGUCAGCAUAUGCAUGUGUCUUCUUUUCAUCUAUGUUUUUUCAACAUUACUGCUGCGUGACUGUGUCUGAGGUGCAUCAGGGAGAGAGACAAUUACACUUUCCUUGUAAAUUAGUAAUGAAGUCUGUCCUUCCCAUAUUCAGAUGUCUAAACACACUAGAGAGGAAUGUAGAGAAGUGCAACAUUUAUACAAAUGUCAAUGAUUGUCAUGUAACUUUUCAGCUCUUCUGCAAGCAUGGUGUUAUAAAAACCCAUAACCUGACUUUUCAAGAAUGUGACCCCUUACAAGCUGUUUUUGCAAAGCAUAUGUGUCCUAACAUACUGAAAGUCCAGUCAAGGCUGCUGGCUGAUAUCAUGAUUCAUUUUCCAACCUGUCAAGAGGAAGUAACUUUAGCUAUUACUCCAAUGAAAGUGUGCUUUAAGAGUUAUACUGAGGAGGAGAGAGAUUUUUCAAAGGCAAUGCACACUGAGAUACAGCUUCAUCCAGAGGAAUUUGACUACUUUCAAGUUGGAGUAGACUCUGAAGUAACAUUUUGUCUUAAAGAACUGAGGGGACUACUCGCGUUUGCAGAGGCCACUACUGCUCCUGUUUCGAUUCACUUUGAUGUGUCUGGAAAACCAAUUGCUUUCAGCAUUGAAGACAUGAUGGUGGAAGCCACUUUUGUUUUGGCUACAUUAGCAGACAUUGAACACGGGAUCUCUCGGCAAUCUCCGUGCCUUUCACAAAGGCAGAAAAGGUCCACCUUGACAAAAGCUUUUGCAGAUAAGACUGAAAAUGUCCCAAACAGCUCUGCAGACAAAAAUAGUAAUUCAGAAAGAAUAUUUUCAAAAAAGCUGUGUUGGAACAGAAGUAUGUGCAACUAUGCAGAGUCAUCAGUAGAAUUGCCAAACCUUCCAUCAAGGAGAGAAGCAGCAGGUGACAGCACAAUGGUGGAAGCGGUAGUGCCAACAGAUUCUGAUCAUCACAAGUUUCAUUCCCUGUUCUUUGGAGCAGUGUCACUUAACGAUCCAGAUGUCAACAGCCACACGUUCCAUAGUUUGGCAACAGCUAGUGACACUGAAGAGGAUUUUGACAACAGGCAGCUCUCUCCAGUCAUCCAAUGAGGAAGUUCCUACAGAGCCUUUACUUAGAUGCUUACGUAGUCUUUAGAAAUGGUUUUAGAACAAGUUGUUGCAGAGUUGUCUCUUUUUAGAAAGAAUGUGCACCUCCCUUAUGGAAAUUUCACCACUAUAUUUAAAUGACAAAUUAAAACUGUGAAUAGAAACAGUUGUUGUUGAAUUCAUCACUAGGUUUAAGCCAAAAUUCACUCUCCAGAAGGCUAAAACUGCCAGCUCUCACAAGAACAGUACCAGCUGGUUCAGUUGUGCAUAUGCCCCCGCUUGCAAAAAGCACAAAGAAACUGCACUGGCCAGGACCCUAUUAAAUGGCUUUUCAGGAUUCUUGAAUUUCCUACUGUAUUUACAGGUUAAACGCAUGCAAGUCAAUAUCUAUUUCAACUGUUAAUGUUAAUGGAAGUUUAGAGGUAUGACAAACUUCCCUGUUUUUAACACAAGUGUUUUUUACCAUUUGUAAAUAAUGUUGUGUGUCAGGCAUUGUGUAAGAUGUAGUUGGAGAGCAUUUUUCAUGGGCUCAGCACUGGCAAAGCUUGAAGGUUAAGAAUCUUGGACCGUAGCUACAGAAUACCCACCUGCUCUAGAAUGGACAGGGGUUAGUACGCGAGAGCAUCCAGCUACUGUCCACCACUUCUGACUAUUCAUGUGAAGCUCUCUUGGCAAGGCCAGACGUAAGACAAAGCGGCCUUUUAACUUUGGAGGACUGCCAUUUAAUUGAAUCACGACCUGCAAACUACAGAUUUAACACACACUGUAUGGGAGCAAGUGUGAUGCAGUCAGGUAGGAGAUGGUUCUUCUGUUUUGAAAUGGUGGCCUCCCCAUUCUCCCAACACAAACCAGGAGUCUGGCUGUUUUAGUGUGGUAACAGCUAGUUACUUUCAGCAGCCUCACUCAAAACAGCCACCUCACCAGACCUAUCGUCCUUUUAGUAAGAAAAAAAAUCACUGCAGGAGAAUGAGCACACAACUGUCUUUUCAAGACAGCAGAAUAAUAGAUUAGUUGGAUUUGUACAUUGAUACUAGGCAGGCAUAUGGGCAGUACCUAAGCAGCACGCAUCUUCAAUUAGUGCCAGAGAAGUUCCAUGAAAAAUGUUGUUGCACAGCACUUUGAUGGACAUUUUUGUGAAGUAUCAGUGCUUCAGUCUGUCAGGCAGAUUUGCAUGUCGUUACAACGAUCAGGUCAAGUGUCCCUUGGACGUUAUGGACAGGGUCCUUUACAUCUAGGUUUGAGGUUGGAGUGCAGCAGUUUGUUGUACUGUAGAACUUAGGAAAAUUACUUUGGGAUGUACAGACCCCAAGACAUGGAACACUGUUGUUUUAACGGUUGGAUUUUGGCCUGCCAAAUGGUUUGUUAGUGAGCAGUCCACACCUGUGUCAAGAAAAGGGAUGAGAGACUAGAAUUUCUUACUGAAGUGCAAUUCCAAAGUCGUGGUGUCAAUCACCCCAGCAAGACAUUCUUUGAAUUUCCUAUUAAAUAUUGCUUUGUAUUGCACACUAUAUUCUCAGAUGUGCAUCACUUCUCUUGGCUCUUGGACUGCUACUGAGGACUCAUUUCCUUAUUAUGUUUUUCCUUAUACUAAAGUAAAUUCAGGGUAACGGAGCUAGGGAAAGCCAAACAACAUAUAAACACAGAACUUGGGACUCAGUCAUAGAACCAAAAAAUACUCAGGUUGGACAGGACUUCAGGAGGUCGCAUCUAGUUGAGCCCCCUACUCAGAGCAGGACCAGCCCCAACUACAUCAUCCCAGCUAAGGCUUUGUCCAGCUGGGCCUUAGACAAAAGUCCAGUGACCAGUUUUGAAGUGGAUUUUUUUCUUGCAAUUGUCAUUU